GCAGCUCAGAGCGGGAUCCAUGCCAGGUGGAGCGAUAGCAAGAACCCCGAUGUCAACAGUGCAAGGUACAACCUCAUCAUCAUUAUAAGAGUUGCGCGCAUAUUUCAGCUAUCUUCCUGCGCAGCUCUGUACCUUUCCAAGCUUUGGUUGAAACCGAGCAUUUCUCCCGAUCUCACACAGCGCUGCCAACUAUUGCCAUGGCGCAAUCCAUGUCCCUCCGGGACCGACAGGUCGUUAUUGAACUUGAAUCAUGAUCCACAACCUGUUGAAGACAGCACCAUCGAUCAGUCCGGGUCCGGCGGUCUUAUCUCACACUCCACUCCGAUUUUGAAUGAAGAUGGUGAUCCGAUAUGGAAGGUCUUGGUCUUCGAUAAUAUGGGCCGGGAUGUCAUCAGCAGUGUCCUGAGGGUAAAUGACCUCCGGGCAUGGGGCAUAACUAUUCAUCUAUACCCUAUUCCAGAUGUCCCGGUUGUAUAUUUCGUGGAACCAACCCCCGAUAAUAUCCAAGCGAUCACUCGCGACCUUUCCCACGGGCUCUACUCCCCAGCCUACGUAAACUUCCUAUCCUCCGUCCCGCGGCCACUUCUCGAGGAUUUCGCUUCUCAAAUAGUCACUUCUGGCGCAUCUGAGCAUAUCGCGCAGGUGUUCGAUCAAUAUCUCAACUUUAUUGUGGCAGAACCGGACCUCUUCAGUUUAGGGCUUGGAAAGGAUGCAUACUACAAGAUCAACAGCCCAAAAACGACUGAUGAAGACCUGGAUGGGAUUGUUGACAAAGUGGUCAGUGGCUUGUUUAGUGUGAGCGUGACAAUGGGUAGUAUCCCAAUCAUACGGUGCCCCAAGGGUGGUGCGGCGGAAUUGAUAGCAACAAAACUGGAUCGGAAACUGCGAGACCACAUCCUCAAUUCCAAAGAUAACCUCUUCUCGGGUAAUCAGAACGCUUUGCCAGGAGUGCCAUCAGCACGGCCGGUACUAAUCAUCAUGGAUCGAAACAUUGAUCUAGUCCCAAUGCUCUCUCACUCGUGGACAUAUCAAUCCCUAGUCCAGGAUGUUCUUGAAAUGCGUUUGAAUCGAAUCACUGUGGAUGCAGGUGCAGGCGAUCCAGAAGCUAAGGGCUCCAAAAGGUCUUAUGACUUGAGCAGUACCGACUUCUUCUGGCAACGCAAUGCCGGAGCCCCAUUCCCCCAAGUGGCUGAGGAUAUCGAUGCUGAGCUUACGCGGUACAAGGAAGAUGCGAAUGAGAUUACAAAGAAGACGGGAGCCUCUUCGAUUGAAGAUCUCCAGAAUGAUACCAGUGCCUCCGCGCAACAUCUCAAGGCCGCCAUCACACUGCUCCCUGAGUUGCGGGAACGCAAGGCAGUUCUUGAUAUGCACAUGAACAUUGCCACCGCACUGCUCAAGGGUAUCAAAGAUCGGCAGUUGGACAACUUCUUCGAACUAGAAGAGACCAUCACCAAACAAUCAAAGUCGCAGAUCUUGGAGUUAAUCAGUGAUCCUUCCAAAGGAAGUGAACCAUUGGACAAGCUGCGCUUGUUCGUGAUUUGGUUCCUCAGCACUGAAACUGAGCUCAGCCGCUCGGAAAUGACUCAGUUCGAAGAGGCCCUGACACGAGCCGGCGUGCCCGACAUCUCCUCUCUUGCCUAUGUCCGCCAAGUGCGCGAGAUCACGCGUAUGACCAUGAUGACAACAUCUGCACCAGAACAACAAUCGUCCGAUCUAUUCCGUGGGUUCUCCUCACUUUCAAAUCGCCUGACGGAUCGCAUUACCUCGGGCGCUUUAGGUGCCAACUUCGACUCGCUCAUUUCAGGAGUAAAGAAUUUCCUACCAGCGAACAAGGAUCUUACCGUGACCAAGAUUACCGAGUCGAUCAUGGACCCGGCUGCAGCUUCAAGCUCUGCCAUUGCAAAGACCGAAAACUACCUCUACUUUGACCCGAGGAGCGCCAACGCACGUGGCGCCAUGCCUCCGGCAUCCGCAUCGCGAAACCCGCAAAUGCCUGGUGGAAUUGGUAGCGCAGGCCCUGGCACCGGUGCCAGCUUCGGACAGCGCCGCCAAGCUUUCAGCGAGGCUAUUGUCUUUACAGUUGGUGGUGGAAGCAUGGAGGAGUACGGCAACUUGCAGGAAUGGGUUCGCCGAACAAAUGGCCAACCGGGUGCCGAGGGUGCGCCAGCUCAACGUGCAGCACCUGGAAACCGCCGAAGAGUUGUUUAUGGAAGCACAGACCUGAUGAACGCUACUGAAUUCCUGUCGGAUUCAUUGGUGCCUCUCGGUCGGGAUAGCUAA